GACUCCUGGGUGCCAGCCUCCAUACCUGUGGCAUGAGGAUGCUGGGGCUGCCCCUUCUGUGCCUGCUGGCUCUCAGCCCCCCACAGCCGGGGGCCGCCAGCGCAGUUGGCCCGGCCUCGGUGCCCGAUGCCAUGGCUGGUUCGGUUUCGGGGCCGUGCCCGCGGCGCUGUCGGUGCCAGACCUCCUCGCCUCCGCGGAGCGUGCUGUGCCCGGGCGCGGGCUUGCUCUUCGUGCCUCCCGGGCUGGACCGCAGGGCCUCGGAGCUGCGACUCCCGGACAACUUCAUCGCCUCGGUGAGGCGCCGCGACCUGGCCAACAUGACGGGCCUGCUGCAUCUCAGUCUGAGCCGCAACACGCUGGCGCACAUCGCCCCCGGGGCCUUCGCUGACCUGCGGGCCCUCCGGGCCCUGCAUCUGGACGGCAACCGGCUGUCCUCUUUGGGCGCGGCCCAGCUGCGGGGGCUGGUCAGCCUGCGCCACCUCAUCCUGGCCAACAACCAGCUGGGCGUCCUGGCGGCGGGAGCCCUGGCCGACUGCGCCGAGACUCUGGAGGACCUGGACCUCAGCUACAACAACCUGGAGGCCCUGCCCUGGGACGCCGUGGCCCGGCUGGCCAACGUGAACACUCUGGGCCUGGACCACAACCUGCUGGCGGCCGUGCCCGCCGGGGCCUUUGCUGGGCUGCACAAGCUGGCCAGGCUGGACAUGACGGCGAACCGGCUCACCACCAUCCCCCCAGACCCUCUUUUUUCCCGCCUUCCGGUGCUGUCCCGGCCCAGGCCCGGCGCACCGGCCUCCGCCCUGGUACUGGCCUUUGGGGGGAACCCGCUUCACUGCAACUGUGAGCUGGUGUGGCUGAGGAGGCUGGCCCGGGAGGAUGACCUGGAGGCCUGUGCCUCCCCGCCGGCCCUGGGAGGCCGCUCCUUCUGGGCCGUGCGGGAGGACGAGUUUGUGUGCGAGCCUCCGGUGGUCACCCACCGAUCGCCCCCCGUGGCCGUGGCCGAGGGCCGCACGGCCUCCCUGCGCUGCCGGGCCGCCGGAGACCCUGAGCCCCGGGUCCGCUGGGUGUCCCCCCGAGGCCGGCUUCUGGGGAACUCCAGUCGCACUCGGGCCUUUCCCAACGGAACGCUGGAGCUGCUGGCAGCCACGCCUGGCGACGGCGGCGUCUUCACCUGCAUCGCGGCCAAUGCCGCCGGGGAAGCCACCGCCUCCGUGGAGCUCACCGUGGGGCCGCCCCCGCCCCAGCUGGCCAACAGCACCAGCUGCGAGCCCCGCGGGGAAGGAGAGGAUGGCGAGGGGGGCGCCCCGCUCACCCCCUCCUCCUCCUCCUCUGCCUCCUCCUCCCUGGCCCCCCUGGAGCCCCGGGCCCCCGAACACGACGGCGACGGUGACGGGGGCAGCGUCCAGGUGGCCGAGCGCAGUGCCACGGCUGCCCUCAUCCGCUGGCCCGACCACGGGCCUGUCCCCGGCCUCCGCAUGUACCAGAUCCAGUACAACAGCUCUGCCGACGACAUCCUCGUCUACAGGAUGGUCCCGGCCGGGAGCCGCUCCUUCCACCUGACAGACUUGGUGUCCGGGCGUACCUACGACCUCUGUGUGCUGGCAGUAUCCGAGGAUGGGGCCACCGGGCUGACGGCCACGCGGGCCGUGGGCUGUGCCCGCUUUUCUACGGAGCCUGAGCUGCGGCCGUGCCGUUCGCCCCAUUCGGCGGCUCCCGUCCUGGGGGGCACCAUGAUCAUCGCUCUGGGGGGCGUCAUCGUCGCCUCCGUACUGGGCUUCAUUUUCCUACUGCUGCUCCGAUACAAGGUGCAUGGUGACCAGCCACCGGGCAAGCCUGCGGCGCGGGGAGGAGUGAGCAGCGUCUGCUCCCAGACCAAUGGCGGGGCCCCGGCCCCUGGGCCCGAGAGCUCAGCCUCAGACUCGGACCCUACGCCUCCGACGCCAGUCAAGGGCCACACCUUGGUACAGCUGGACUUUGAGCCCUCAAGGGGGCCUCGGGGCCGCCUCGCUCAUGAACGUGGAGGGCAAUGAUCCUGAGGGAGGCCCCUCAGACAUCCCUAGCCCCAGACUGCUCCCUAGAACAUCUCCCACCUCAGCCUGGCACUCUCUUGGCCCCUUGGAUGCUCUGAGACCUGGCCUUGGUCCAGGGAUGUUCCUCGGCCUAGGCUGGCCUGGCCUUCCAGGCACCCCUCGCCCUGGCUCCAGGGAAGGACACGGACAGAGUAGGUCCCAGGGGCUGUGGCUGGGCCAAGAAUGGGCAUGGGGGGAGUCCAUGCUUGGAUGCUGGCCCACCUCGCAGCUCCUGCCCAACCUCCUAUUUUUAACUAUCCCGCAGGGGACUUGGCGGGAAAGUGGGAACACUAUGGAGAUUAUGUCAAGAGAAACCUAUUUUUCUAAGCUCUGGCCUCACUCAUUCCCUUACCUGUCUGUCUGUCCAUUCAUUCAGUCAUUCAGCUGCCCGGGGUGGGGCCUUUGUAGGGGAGAAAAUAAAAGGGGUGAUC